UGCAUGCGAGCUGGUUAAGUGAGCGCUGCUGCCUGCAUAUAGACCGACCCUCAGCAAGCUAGCAAUAGCACAUGGAGGAUGACAAGAAGGAGGGCAAGUACCGCGGCGUGCGGAAGCGGCCAUGGGGCAAGUUCGCGGCGGAGAUCCGAGACCCAGAGCGCGGGGGCUCCCGCGUCUGGCUCGGCACCUUCGACACCGCCGAGGAGGCCGCGCGCGCCUACGACCGUGCCGCAUUCGCGCAGAAGGGCGCCACCGCCAUCCUCAACUUCCCCGGCGAGGCUGGCAGGAUGAGUGGCGGGUCUUCUUCGUCGUCGGCCGCCGCUCAGGCGGCCGCGAGCAGGCGCGUCCCUGACACGGAGAAGGUGGAGCUGGAGUACCUCGACGACAGGGUCCUGGACGAGCUCCUCGCGGAGGACUACUACAGCACUAAGAAGAAGUAG